CAACACCCGGAAGUGAGAGCAGUUGAACGGUAGAGCACCUAAACGGCUGCAGCGGCUCGCCAUCUCUCACACACGAACCUGAAAGUGUUGUGUUAAAACUCUGUCCACCGUUAAAACUUUCUAGAUCAACCAGCAUGUCUGUCUUGUGUUAUAAUAAGGGAUGUGGACAGCGAUUCGAUCCAGAAAACAACCCAGACGAUGGCUGCACCUAUCACCCAGGAGUCCCGGUGUUUCAUGAUGCAUUGAAAGGAUGGUCCUGCUGCAAGAGAAGAACUACCGACUUCUCAGACUUCCUCAGCAUUGCUGGCUGCACAAAGGGUCCACACAACAAAGAGAAGCCCCCUGAGCCGGUGAAACCAGAUGUGACAUCGUCCGGAGAAAAGAAGGAAGGAGAAGACCAAAAACCAAAGUUUAACGAGUACAUAAUCUCUGCACCAAAACCUCAGGAGGCGAUAUGCAGACCGAGUCCUGAUGAGCCCAUGGUGAGAUUGCAGCAUAAAGUCUCUGCUUCUCUAAAGCAAGCACUGGAGAAAUUAAAACUAUCUGAAAAUGCCGCAGAGGAGAAAGAGGAAGAUAACGACGAGAUCAAAAUUGGAACAUCGUGUAAAAACGGAGGAUGUACCAAUACUUAUGAAGGACCUGCAAGUGAAGCAGAUACUUGUUUAUUCCACUCUGGAUGCCCCAUCUUCCAUGAAGGGAUGAAAUACUGGAGCUGCUGUAAGAGGAAAACCUCUGAUUUCAACACCUUCCUCUCUCAAGAGGGCUGCACCAAAGGAUUACAUGUAUGGAGGAAAAAAGAUGCGGGAAAGAAAGUGGUCCCCUGUCGGUUUGACUGGCACCAGACCGGGACACAGGUCAUCAUUUCUAUUUAUGCCAAAAAUGCCGUCCCAGAGCUCAGCUAUGUGGAUGCCAACAGCACCACGCUCAAUAUCCGCAUUUUAUUUGAAGGAGAGAAGGAAUUUGAGCAGAAAAUCAGCUUGUGGGGAGUGAUAGAUGUGAGCAAAAGCAUGGUGAACAUGAUGGCAGCCAAGAUUGAAAUAGCCAUGAAGAAGUCAGAACCAAUGUCCUGGGCUCGUCUGGACCUUCCUCCUGUUCCCCCAGCCAAGGAGAACGACAAGAAGAAAGAAGAGGUUGACAGUGAGAAUGAGGAUGAAUGAUUAGGAUUUAAAAUGAAUAUGUGGUGUGUAUUUUUAGCUUUAUCACACUUUACAUUCAUUACAUCUUUAAAGAA